GCUGCAAUGAUAUCUCCCGGCUGCUGAGAGCACUUCCGGGAUUGAUACGAUGGCUGAUUUGAACGCCAAGUAUCAGAAAUUGGCAGCCGAAUACUCCAAGCUCAAAUCCCAGUAUCCUGUUCUGAAGAAAGCAUACAUUGAUGAACAAGCUGAAAGUGAAAAACUAACGCUCACUGUAAAAGAGAAGGACCAAUCCAUUCGUAAACUAGAGCAAGAGGUUGACAGUCUUGUGUUUCGUAACCAGCAACUGUCAAAACGGGUGUUAUUUCUUCAAGAAGACUUGGAACAGAUUGAGUCAUCCAAAAAGAAAAAAGGAAAGAGUAACGAUGUUGCAAGCACAUCGGAUGCGGGGAGAGGAACCAGCGUGUUGAGCGAGGAGUUACAGAGCAAGAUAGAGGAGAAUGCUCGGCUUCAUAAACAGCUUCAUGAGGCGGACCACCAGUAUCAGGGCACGAUCCAGGAGCUGGAGGACCGGCUGAAACGACUGGAGCGGGAGAACAGUCAGCAUGAGGAGGUCCUCAACGCUACCAGGCAGAAGAGCAAGACCCAGGUGGACAAACUCCAGGAGGAGAAGGCUAUGCUGGAGGUGAAGCUUCAGACUCUGGAGACAGAAAUCAAAGAGUUCCGAGGACGGGCUGAGUCAGCGGAAGAUAAGCUGGGAGCACUUCAGCAGCAUCUUCAAGGCAAGCUGGAUGUUGCUACCAGGAUCAUCACUGACAAACUGCCCUUCAUUGACACCAAAAACCGAGACCUAAACAGCCUCAAUCUCCCCACACAUGAUCGGAAGCAUCAGCUACGAGCCCGGGAGCUGGUCGGCCAGGCCUCCAACCUUGUGGCAGAGCUGGUGCAGGGCUUGUCCAACUUCUACACUUACAGUGAACAGAGGUCUAAGAUAUACCCUGCUGAUGGCGUCUCUGAACCUCUCAGUCAAAUAAACUCUCAGUAUUGUAAAUACCUCCAUGAAAACCUUGCCUAUCUGCGCCCAGUGGAGCAGUCUCUGCAACAUUUCUUUGAGUCACUCAAAGAAGAUGCCCUUACAACACUAGAAACAGCCACAGACUUACAGGGAUUUUCAAAAAGCUUUGUCACAAUGGUGGCUUAUAUGAAUAAACUGUUGCCUUAUCAGCUGUCAAGUAUAGAAGAGGAGUGUGCAGUGUCUUCCUGUACGUCAACACUUGCUGCCAAAAAUAUGGAGCUGUACAAGUCCUUAAAAAGGCUGAAUGCCACCUUCAACAAGAUAGAGUCGUACACCACCAUCCUUGCCGCUCAAAGUGACAAGGGCCAGAACCCCCACCCCCAGUCUAACUAUGGGUCUCUCUUCACGCGGCUGUGUAAAGCUCUCAAUGACAUGCAUGAAGCAGUGAAGGAGGUUUCGAAGCACUACAACUCCAAGGUCUCCCUGGAGCACCAACUUCCAACAGCCACACAGAAACUGAAGACAACCGAUGAAUGUGUCGUUGCAUCUCUUGUCUCCCUCGUCACCAACACAGGGAAGAUAGCUACAUUCAUGUCAGGCAAUCUACCAUUCUUCACUGAGACUGCUGGGUAUCGCACCCGUGGUAGUAGUAUAGGAACAGACAGCGAGCAAGACGGACCUCGAUCACAUCCAGCUGUUGUCCAUUUCCGUCAACGAGCUGCCAACUAUAUCUCCUGUAUAUCUAGGACCUGUCCAGAUACUGUACCUCACCGGGUAGCAGUACAGAACAGGAAGACGCUACUCAGCUCCAAGGAGAGUAAGGAAGGCUUAGCUAAACAGGUGUCGGUGUUCCAGCAAAGGUGCGGCAAGCUGGAGCAGGAGAAGGAACACUGGAUGCUGGAGCUUCAGCUGCUGAAGAUCAAAUAUGAAAACGAGGUGCAGAAAUCCAAAACCCUUGAGAAGGACCUACUGUCUUUAAACAACAGUGAUAAGGUUGGAUCUAUAGAAGACAACCUGGACACACAGACCCCAACUCCACGCAGUGCCAGUCUCAGCUCCAGUCCAGGAGUUCAGACUAACAUGCUUGGUAAACUGGAGAGGGACGCUGUUAUCAACAAUGAUGUAGACAGUCGUGAGCAGCUCAUCAAAGACCACUUCGGGAAGCGGAUCAAUGAUAUGACUCUACAGCUGCAGCAGGCUGACAGCAAGUGUGUCAACUUCCACUCGGAGGUCCGAGCACUGCACACGCAACUACUGCUGGCCGACAAAGCCAAGGCGUCAUCAGUGGAAGAACUCACAGUGGCCAACCAAACACUGGCUCAGCUCAAGGAUGAGCUGCAGACAACAUCCCGGAGUUACGAGGGUCAGCUCAGCAUGAUGAGUGACCAUCUGGCUGGGAUGAAUGAAAAGUUGACUCACCAGAAGGACGAAAUAGAUGAACUUAAAAUUCAGCUUCAGAACACAUCAUCAAAGGGUCACAAGAAGGGAAAGAAGUAAGGCCAAAUGACUGGACAAUGAAACUAAACAUAAUAAGUAUAUAUUCACGAAGAUCUUGGGUUGACAUGCAGAAUGCUUCAACAGACAGUAUCCAUGCACUCAGCUUCAGCAGCAAGAGUGACCAAUGGGAUCAGAGGAUGCUCAGCUGAAACUGGAGUUCCACAUGAAAAUGCCCAUUCUUCCUGAUUAUGGUAGAAGGAGACUUACUGUGAUAAGAACAGUCUGACUGAAAAUGGUCAAAUUGGUCAGAAAUAUGUUAAAGAUAAUCAGAAAUCUGUACAGUAAAUUAUAAAAUAUGUGUUGUGGCGAACCACCCAGCAUUGACAUCUGUUGUUCUAACAAGUCAUAAUGUACCUGCCGCUUCGGAUCAAGUAGUGCUAGAAAUAAUGCAGGUGUAUGCAAUUUGUGUUCUCUUCAGACGGUGGUGCAAGCUUAACUUCCUGGCGGUUAUAGGGCCCUUAAGUUUUGCAAGGCGGUACUAAGAUGGUUCUCAGUUCCCUUUGCGCGCAUCAACAUGCAAUGUGCGAGACGGGCCCAGCUUACUUCCGUUACCAGACUUACGGUGACAAGCGUAUAUACAAGAACCAGUUCUGGUUCCAAAUUGUGCGACUGCAGAAUAUGACUUUACUAGACUGGACCAAGUGUACAACCAUGCUUCGCUGUCACAGCUGUUGACAGUCGUAAUAGCUGGCUAACUUAGGGAUGGUUAGAUCGCGAAAUUUGUUAUUCCUGCAAGGAUUAUUGGUUCCUUACUGUCAACUGGCAACCAUGAGACCAUUCAAAAGGUAUGAAUCGUUGUUUGUCCCCGGAAGUACUAAGGUCUCGCAAAGUGCUGUUACCUACUUACCGGCCCUAUUCCCACACCUAUAUAUAUAUAUAUAUAUAUAUACGCACUGUUAACAUCACUGCUGUUAGCGGUCUACUUAUGUGCAAUAGCAUCUCCACACUGACAAUAGUCUGCUGGUAGCUGUGUAGAAGUCACAGAUAAUGCCACAACCUAACUCUGGUUUAAGUAUCAACAUAUAAAUUUUCCAUGAUAUUAAACUUUGAUGUUCUUCAUUACAAUUAUUGCUUUCUGUGGCACCUUAUAAAACAUUUUCAAACAUUGUAUUGAUGGUUUCUGGACUAAAGGAUGUAAUAUGCA